AAUACGGCGUUUGAGUUCUCAGUCUUUGCCCAACCUUCCUUGACUAAUUAGGGUGUCUGAUUCAAAGAACCUUCCUUGAUCCUCUCUUUAGUCUUUACACCCAAUAACAUCCAUCCACGCCUAUCUAACCCAGAUCCUAAUUUUUUUUUUUUUUUUUUGAGAAUCACCCAGAUCCUAAAUUUGAAAGUAAAAAAAGGGUCCAAAAAAUCCAGCUAAACUCAAUUUCUCCCUUUCUUCUUCCCCAAUCACCAAAAAUCACCCCCCCACCCCCCCCACUUCUUGAUUUUGCUAAGCUUUCACAAAUCAGGAUUCCAAUUUUGCCAAUACGAUGAAACCCACGUUAGGAGUUUUGGUGGUAGUGUUAUUAAUGUUGGUCUCAGUUUUUAGUUCUAUAGCUGAAUCCAAAUGUAGCAAAGGAUGUAGUUUGGCUUUAGCUUCAUACUACGUCUGGAAGGGCUCAAAUCUCACAUUCAUAGCUGAAGUUUUGCAGUCUGACGCCGAAGUAAUCGUCAGCUACAACAAGCAAACCAUACCCAACAAAGACACUGUUCGAGAGGGUAUAAGAGCCAAUGUUCCAUUUCCAUGUGACUGUAUCCGCGGAGAGUUUCUGGGUCAUGAGUUUAAUUACACAGUUAAUAAAGGGGACACAUAUACGAAGGUGGCUCAAGAUUACUAUGCAAAUCUGACCACGUAUCAGUUUUUGCAACAGACUAAUAGCCAAUAUCCCACCAAUAAUAUACCUGUUGGUGCCACGUUGAAAGUCACCGUCAAUUGUUCGUGCGGGAAUCGCUUGGUUUCGAACGAUUACGGUUUGUUUAUUACGUACCCGCUUCGGCCAGAGGACACUGUGGAAUCGAUCGCCAACGCUACGGGACUUGAUGUGACACUGCUGGAGAGUUACAACCCAGGAGUGAAUUUCAACCAAGGGAGUGGCUUGGUGUAUAUCCCAGGCAAAGGUACGUGAUAAGUUUACCAUGCUUUGGCUUCAUGAUUAUUUUCUUUUAGAUAUCUGAAUUGAGAUUUUGUC